UCUGGGAUUGGUGGAAAUCGAAUUCCUUUUCCAACUCAUCCAAUGAAACCAAUCUUUGCUGUAAUUUGCAAAACUUUCAAGGGUUCGCGUAGACCAGUUCCGGACGCUGCGGCGCCCGGCGCAGGGCGCUGUCUCCGAGGAACGUUUCUGAUUGGUCUAGGCCUCUACCGUCGAAACCGGUAUCUGGGGCAUAUAUAUACACCAGUGUGUUCUGGCCAUAUUCACGGACAUUCGACUGAAAGCCUUCCCCGCCUUUUCUCUGCAUCUGAACCAUCAGUCUCAUCAGUGCUCACCAGGUCUGGUCACGAGGUUGCUGCCGCAGGAAUCGUCUGCUCCAUCGAAGAUCGCAUAGAGCAAGUUGACAGAUCGUCUGCUAAGAUGCCGAAUAUAAUUAAUGACAUAAAAUUAGAUUUUAAGGACGUUUUACUCCGACCAAAAAGAAGUACACUGAAAAGCAGAAAUGAUGUGGACUUGUUCAGGGAAAUUACUUUUCGUAAUUCAAAGCAAACUUAUAAAGGGAUACCCUUGAUGGCGUCGAAUAUGGACACUGUCGGGACAUUCGAAAUGGCAAGAUCGUUGGGAAAGCACGGCCUAUUUACAACUCUCCAUAAAUAUUACACAGCAGAUGAGUGGAAAGAUUUUGCUGCUAAGAAUCCAGAUUGUAUAAAAUAUACAGCUGCUAGUUCAGGAAUAGGAAAUGAUGAUUUUCAGCGCUUGACUAGCGUUUUAUCCGCAGUUCCUGAACUUUCAUUUAUUUGUAUAGAUGUUGCAAAUGGUUAUUCGCAACACUUUGUUGAGUAUGUUAAAAAAGCGAGAGCAGAGUUUCCAAAUCAUACAAUAAUUGCAGGAAAUGUUGUAACUGGCGAGAUGGUGGAAGAACUGAUUCUUUCAGGGGCAGAUGUUAUCAAAGUUGGCAUUGGUCCUGGAUCUGUCUGCACAACACGAAUGAAAACUGGAGUUGGAUACCCUCAAUUAAGUGCUGUGAUUGAAUGUGCUGAUGCAGCUCAUGGAUUAAAGGGACACAUUAUUUCAGAUGGAGGCUGUAUAUGCCCUGGUGACUUAGCUAAAGCCUUUGGAGCAGGAGCUGAUUUCGUAAUGGCAGGAGGCAUGUUCGCCGGACACGAUGAAUGCGGUGGUGAAGUAAUAGAAAAAGAUGGGAAAAAGGUAAAACUCUUUUACGGCAUGGCAUCAAAUACGGCUAUGAAAAAACAUGCUGGGGGUGUUGCUGAGUACAGGUCUUCAGAAGGAAAAACUGUAGAAGUACCUUACAGAGGCCCUGUGGAAAAUACAGUUUUAGACAUGCUUGGGGGCUUGCGUUCAGCUUGCACGUACACGGGAGCUGAGAAAUUACGAGAAUUACCUCGGCGAGCUACAUUUAUACGUUGCACUCAGCAACUAAACAACGUAUACGGACCUCCAAUGUGAAGCUAGCCAAAAAUUCAGUAAAUCAAUUUUAUUAUUCUAUGCUUUAAAUGUGCUUGUUUAAAAAAUGAGCUUUUGGAUUGAUGUUUAUGAACCGUCAAAGUAUUCGAGAACAGCCUUGCAAUGUUUUUUCUUGUCUCACAAUAGGUUACUCAUUUAUAAAUUAUAAGUAAUCAAAGGUCAAAUGUUUGUGCUUCCAUUAAAAAAAAAUAUAUAUAUAUUUCAACACACAGCGCAUAUUAAAGACAGGAAUUGAUUUUUGCUCUAACUGAAGCAAAUAGUACGCACAAAUUGCAACUUUGUAAUAAUAUGUAUUUAUGGUCAUAAGUGAGUAUUAUUCUUUGAAGCAAAAUACUGCACGUUGUACAAUGUCAAACCAAAAAUACUAGCAAUUAGGGAAUGGAUAAUUCACAAUUUUAAACGCACUCUUUAAUACAAUUUUAUCUGGUAUUUGUGUAAUGUUCGUAACUUACAUUUAAUUAUUAAACAAAAAGGAAGCUUGCAUACAAGUAAAGAAGGGCAUUUCAUUUCAAGGAAUGAUUUCUUUUAACGGACAAAGAACUAUCUACAUCUCGGAUAUUUAUUUUUAUGGUUAAAGCUUUGGGAGUAAACUCCACAUUUAUGGCUGACUUCGUAAUUAAGUAAAUGAACAUACAAGUUCUUCAAUACAGUAAUCAUAAUAAAAUAAAAAAAUGUCACAAUAAGCUGGCUUCGUUAAAUGUAAAAGCUUCAAAGUGCGCUUAGGAUUACAC